AUGGACUUUAAAGUCAGGGACGAAAUAAUGGUUGAGCCCGUGAUCAAUAUGGUGGGUGUUGUAUCCAUCAUGAAUGAAGUUACAAAACUCUACGGUACAAUGACAAUGCAAGGAGGCAGCAUACAAACCGAUCUCUUGGUUGUGGGCACGGUGGUUGUCUUCUUCGUCCUGAUUGCGCUGUACCUGGAGCUCGGCCUGAAUGUCUCGUCUUCUGUAUCUUUCGACAAGAUUUUUCCUCUUACUCCCUAUCUCAAAUUCAUCUAUGUCAGCUUCCUCAAGCCUCACACAGGCAAGGCAGAUGGCGGUCAGCAGUCGGCAUUGGAAAGCUUUUACUCGGCACAGGCUUCUGUCUAUGAUAGAACGAGACGUCGUUUAUUACGAGGCAGGGAGGAUUUGAUCGGCCUCGUAGCCGCACAACUACAGCUUCCAACACGCAGACCGAGUAAUGGCGCCAAGCCUGUCUGGUUCGAUAUUGGCGGAGGCACAGGCUACAACAUCGAGAUCAUGGAUAAGGUCCUGGACGGUGGGGUGGGCUCAUUCUUUGAUCAUGUUUACCUUAUCGAUCUUUCACCCUCACUCUGUGAAGUUGCUCGUGAACGUGCGGAAAGACUUGGCUGGAAGAAUGUGACGGUUCUCUGCCAAGACGCCCGAACAAUGGGCCAGUAUCACUCGCAGCCUCGAACAGCAGACCUUAUCACCAUGUCCUACAGCCUCAGCAUGAUACCAGACUUCUACAGCGUUAUCGAUCAGGUGACCAGUUUCCUUGCUCCACGUGGUAUCUUCGGUAUCUGUGACUUCUACGUCCAAUCAGUUGUCGAUGUAUCGAGUCGAAACUGGACAGGUGGUAGUAUUAACCGCCAUGUCAACUGGUUUGGUCGAAUGUUCUGGAGGACAUGGUUUGACGCCGAUCGUGUCAACCUUGAUGCUGGACGACGGGAUUAUGUCGAGUACAAGUUUGGCACCAUACUAUCAGCUUCUGAGCGAAAUUACCUCUUAGGUGGUAUUCCAUACUAUCUCUUCGUUGGAUGCCAUAUCACAGCGGAGACAGAUCGUCAAGUGUCCAUGCACGGAACUCCUAACAUGACCGCACAGGACUCUCUCGAACGCUACGAUGCUUUCCUCACCGAGUCCCCGUACCUCUCACCUAAGGAAUAUCGCGCUGCUCUCUCUCAUCAAGCUUCGACUCCACCACAACCUCAACCGAGUAUUCGCAGCAAAUCCUAUGAAUCGGCUCUCGUCAACCUCAGUUCAAAUCUUCCACUUCCCAGCACUUUCUAUCAACUCCACCCCUGGCGCACCACAUAUCCAGAACUCCAUGCGAAGCACGCUCAAUUUGCUUCCGACUACAUCUAUGCUUUCAACUGGGAAGACCCAGCUGUUGACCUUGAGCUCCUGAACCUACGGUCUGAUGAUGUUCUCGUCACAAUCACGUCUGCUGGAGACAACAUUCUCGACUACCUCAGUCAAAGUCCUCUCCGACGUGUUCACGCUAUCGACCUGAAUCCAAAUCAAAAUCACUUGCUCGAACUGAAGGUAGCAGCCUUCUCAGCUGGCUUGUCGUACGGAGAAGUGUGGGCAAUGUUCGGUGAAGGACGAUUGGCUAACUUCCGCGACCUCUUGAUUCACAAACUGAGCCCACAUCUUAGCAGUCAUGCGUUUCAGUUCUGGCUCUCGCACACAUCUCACUUCUCGCCUUCUUCUCGAGGUCUCUACGCCGUCUCUGGCGGCUCGAGACACGCAAUGACGCUCUGUCGAUGGCUCUUCCGUCUUACUCGUCUAUCUCAGAAAGUCCGCACAUUAUGUAGUGUCAGCACCUUGGCCGAGCAAAAAGAAAUCUGGCAACAAUCAAUCCGCAAAGUUAUUCUUUCUCGUCCACUACACGCCAUGCUAGUCAGCACAGACUGGUGGUGCUGGAAGGCAGCAGGUGUCCCACCAGAGCAACGUGCUCUCAUCGUCAACGACUACGCCGCCACACUGACACCUGAACAAAGACGACGACUAGGAUCACGCCAACUUACUGGGGAAGCUAUCUUCAAAUUCCUCGUUGACACUCUUGACCCAGUGAUCAAUCAUACACUCCUCAGCAAAGACAACUACUUCUACCAUCUCGUACUUCAAGGCAAAUACAGCCGCACCUGCGCACCAAGAUGGCUAGGCGAAAGAUCAUGGCGGAAACUAAGCAGAGAAGGCGGCAAAGUCUUCGACGGCCUACGAAUCCACACAGACGAGUUUCUCGAAGUCGUGAAGAGGAUGAGAGGCGGCAGUGCCGGUGCCGUCAUCGUUAUGGACAGCAUGGACUGGCUCGAAGUCCCCGACAUGAACACCGUCAAACACGUCAAAUUCUCCGAUCGAAAGCAGAAGCACGACCGAAGCCGAAGUCAAAGCAAGAGCCGAAGCACAGAGGGCACAGAGGCAGCACAAACGCAGAUUGAAGCUAUCCACCGAGUCCUACGCGUUGGUGGCAAAGUUCUUCUCAGAAGCGCAGCCCUGCGACCAUGGUACAUCGAGCUCUUCGAACGCAUGGAAGACGACGACACCGGCGAGAAGCUCUGGAAGGUUAAGUGCAUGGGUCGACGAGACAGUGGGAAGUGCAUCGACCGAGUGAACAUGUACGCGAGCUGCUGGAUCAUCGUCAAAGCUGGCGAGGGUACUCCGGUUGGUAGCCCUGUGCUCAACGGCGGGAUUAAGAGCGCGCUCAAGCGGAGGAGAACCGGAAGUGCUAGUGGCAGUGGUAGUGACGGGAGCUUCAGCAGCGGUAGUGAUAGAUCGGCGACGAGUCCACAGACGCUAAGGGGUAGGAACUUGAGGGUUAAUGUGGCUAAGAGGAUUGCUGGCGAGGAAGGCAAUGAUGAUGAUGGUGAUGAGACAGAGACAGAGAAGACGCUGAGGAGCAAGAGGGGCCUCAUGGAGGAUAUUAUGCUCCCUGGCGCUGCCAUGGAUGAAGCCAAUGGUGACAGGUUCUGA